AUGAGCGAGCCAGGGGCGGUUCUGGCCUCUACUGUAACCGGAAUCGCAGCCCUUGGGUUCGUGCCAGUAGCGAUCCAUUUCGAUUUCUUUCCCUUGCUCAAUCGAAUUGGGCCCAUUGCAACAGCGGAAGAAUUGACCAAAGCAUCCGACGCUGAGAGGAGUGAUGAAGACAAACAGUCCUCCCCACUAUCUCAUCUGACGUCUGUAGAGGACACCAUGUACGCGAUGGCUGGUCUAGGCCUAGUCGAUCUGGUCGAUGAUACAACAUACCAGGUGAACCCCAUCACAGCCCAUAUGGUGGCAGUACCAUCUUCUCUUCAUGGCAUGCUGCAUUUCACGACAGAGCCCCUCUGGUCGGCAGCUUUCUUGAUGAGACAACUCCGAGACACAAAUUUCGAGUAUCCAUUCCAGGAGAACAAAACACCCACGCAAUACGGAUAUAAAAUGAUUGGCGAGGAGAGAUUUGUCAACGAGCACACUUAUUCCAUCAUGCAUAUGCAAGGACGGAUGCCGAGCUUCUCAUCCUUCAUGGAGGGCAAAUUUGGCCGCUUUGGGACAAUGCCAGACCGGAUGAAAUCCUUUGGUUAUGAUCUGGGCUCUGUUCUGAAGAGCGACGCAAACAACAUCGCCAUUGUCGACAUUGGAGGCGGACGAGGAGAGAUGCUCCUGGAAGUGAAGGAAGCAUACCCGCAUCUGAAGAAAGAGAAUCUUGUUUUGCAGGAAUAUCACCCUGACCCAAAAAAUGGUGACCAGCUGACAAUUCAGCAUUGGGACUUCAAGGAUGAGUCUCCCGAGCCCGUCAAAGGGGCUCUCGUCUACAGCCUGACACACAUCUACCACAAUAUGUCAGACCUCGAGGCUAUGCGACUGAUGAAGAAGGUUUCAGAUGCAAUGGCGCCGUACUCCCGCAUGUUGAUUCACGAGUUCGCCAAAAAUCCCACCUAUGGAAAGAUGCACGCAACGAUGAUUCAAUUGUACGCCGGGAGAAUCAGGAGUAGUCGCGAGUGGAAGACGAUGGCGGCUUUGACAGGCUUGGAAGUAACAUUCGAAGUUUAUCCAGUCGCUGGGGAGGGCCUUGUUGAGAUGAGAAAGCUGAUCUCGUCCGAUGCGGUAGCCUAG